AUGCCGCGAAUAAUUGCUCUAAUAUUACUUUUAACGAUCGCAGCGCUGUCAACAGCAGCACCCAGCAUAACCACUGAAAACCCAGUGACAACUACCGCGAAUUCGACUCUAGAAGAUGAGAUUAAUCUCUCCUCGAUGCCAACAGUGGAAACUGAAACAUUUACCAUUGAGAUCGAUCCGAAUGUUGUAUUUACCACCGAUCCGGAGGGUUUGGCUUUCACAGAAUUCACUGAAAGUGCCAUGGACACAACAGAAGAACCGCUGCCAGAGUCGGUUUUGCAGCAAUUGGAACGAGAGCGAGUCGAGCUGAAGCGAGAAGAAGAAGGAGAAACCACCAUCGAUCCUAGGGUCAUAGCCACAACUAUUAGGAAUUAUGUGACCAUUAAUCGCAGCACAUCAGACAAACCACUGCUAACGACCACUGAAAAGUUAAUAGAGACAUCAACUGAAAAGUUAAUAGAGACAACAACGGUGACUGAAGAACCACAAGUGGAAACCACCACUGAAAGUAUAGAAACCACAACCUCUGGAAAAUCGCUUAAGAACUACUUUGCCAGUGCUAAUAUUGCCGAUGGAAGUAUCAUAUCGGAAGAAGAAGAACGUGGUACUGAACCACCACUUUUUGAGGAUCUGUCAGCUUUGUUGAGCGAAAACGAAUUGGAGGAAACGCACCAUCUAACUGAAAAUAAAGCCCAAAUAGUGGAUGCUUAUCAAAUGUUGAAUAGUGUAUGGCAAAGUCCAGUCGAAAGCACCACCAGUGAAGCAGCUGACACUACACCCUUAAGCACUAGCACCACUGAAACCCAACCAACUUUACCCACCACAAUUAAAGAAGAUCCGGAUACAACUACAGCAGUUCCAGAUGCUCCCACAACCACCACCUUGACAGCUGAACAAAAUCUUAUUGAAGCUGCCACCACUAGGCCCGAAGAAGUUCAUAUUGACUCCACAGUGGAUACUAAAAUCUUUCCAACCACCCAUUAUCCUGAGAAUGACAUCUUUACUACACUCGAGCCGGAAAUCUCUACCAGGAGCAGCACUGCCAACUAUCCUGCUAGUUUUAGCUACACCACAUUAACGCCCGAAACUACUCCAAGUCCAAGCACCACUAUUCCGGAAACUACUUCCAAUCCCAUAAGCUAUACCACAUUGGCGAGCGAAACCACUUCCAAUCCCAUUAGCUAUACUACUUUGGCGAGGGAAAGUACAUCAAGUAGCAGCACCACUACAACGUUAGCACCAGAAACGACUCUCAGCACCACUACAACAACGGAGGCACCAAUUUUAGUAAGCGAACAACUAUUGCUUAACAAUGAAAGAACCACAACAUCAACUAGCAGCACCAGCACCACCACAACCACUACCAGCACCACAGAGACACCUACAACAACUACAACUACUACAACCACACCACGCCCCAUACAAACACGUGCACCGCGCAUUGAACGCAUUUUCAACUCCGAUGGCGUGGAGGUUCUCUAUGGCUAUUCAUCGGUGGUUCGUACCAAUCGAUUAAAUUAA